GGCCGCUGUAUAAACUCCCGUUGCAGAAUGGCAACUUUCAAACCACCCAAGGUUGCUGGAAUAAAGUUGACGCAGUCCAAGCACCAUGAAUUAUCACUAUUACCCUCCCGGGAUUACAUACCAAGGCUUGAACCAACAUUUAAAUCAAGUGGCAUGUUACCACCACGAUGAGACCAACUGUCGAUGCAAUCCGCAAGCAAUUUAUCAAAACAGUUUAUUUGGAUGCACCAGGGCUAUUAAUCAUCCAGUCACCAGUUUUGGGAUGGGGAGCUUUCCUGGUAAGUUUAAAUAACAAAACCAGUUUUCAACGCAACUUACACGCAGAAAAAUAUCGGGAAAUACUUUUCAAAGGAAAUUCGAUCAUAACGCAUCUUUGAACAUCUCACUAAAGACUAUAAUCUUAUUCUAUUUUAAUCACGUUUUUUGUAACAAAAUUUAGAAAACAGUUUAAUUUUUCGAACAUGCAAUUUAGGAAAAGCUUAACUGAUUUAUGAAUGAUCUAUUACAGUUUUGAUAAAUGGUAGUUGUUCUCGCAAUUAGCAAGAUGACGCAUCGUGAAAUAUGGCUUUCGACCGCACGCGCAAAAGAUUCAAGAUUCUCUUUUUGCGCAACAAAAAAUGUUCUCCUUGCAUUGUUGGUCUAAUCCUUGCUAAAACUUUGUUUGAUUAAGAAGAUCUAACUUGUAUGUUUGUCUUUGUGUUGUACAGACGAUGUUGAAAUAGCAGUGGACCUUUCAAAGAUUCGUGUGACGCGGACACGACGAAGUCGAAUGCAAUACAGUCCUUGGCAGGUCGAGGAGAUGGAAAAAGUGUUUCAGAAAACGCAUUAUCCAGACGUCUUUGUGCGAGAAGCGUUAGCUGUUCGUCUCGAUCUCGCUGAAUCCAGAAUCCAGGUAAGAGCUUGCGUAGCUUUGCGCGAUCUAAGAUAUUUUCUGCGUCCAUUGCCCAGAGAGGAAGUUUAAGCUAACACUAACACACUAACAGGUCAGGCACGCGAGGUCCUUCGCUAUGAACACAUUGAAAUUAAUUGUAAAGCGAAAAUGAAAUGAAUAGUAUAAGAGAUCCCACAAAGCUUCGUCCUGGGUAUGUUUGCAACGUCCCAACGAUAAAUCAAACAAUUCACGUUCUGUAUGCAACACAUCAUACAGCCUCUCGGUUGUUCAGUCCCUAGCCUUAAUGCCAUUAACACAUUGAAGUCUCCUUCACAGAGCAUUGCCGUGCGUCUAUUAACGUUCAUCUCGGAUUUAGCACAUCAUUUGUACAAGAGUCUAAAUGAGCUUAAAUCUACAAAUGUUUCCUUUGGGGAAAUGUGUUAUUGAAAUGCAUUGCGCUAAAAUGUCAGCUAUGUUUCCUCUUUGAAAAUGAGCUCACAUUAUGAUUAUAUGUUUAGUUGCUGUCGUUCUGUGUAAAUCUAUACUGAAAAUCUGUUCAUGUAUAAGAAUUUAAAAGAAUCAAGAUAAAUUCCCAAGCGUUCUCCUCAAUCCUUACAGAGGUGUUUUAAGUUUGUUCAAUUGCGUUAAAAUGUUGUGUUUAUGUACAGAAUUAUGUACAUCUAAGUAUUAGUAUUGUUAAACAUAUGGCUUGUUGACAAAUUCAUUCUGGUUUUCUCACUUAUACUGUACAGACAAAAGAAUGAACACCUUUGAAAAUGUUGCCUUUAGGGGGAAGGCUUUAAGUCUUUGAAGAUUUUUUAACAAUAUUUUAAGCGCAAUUGGGUGCAUUGCCAUUGGCUUGUAUUUAUUUGACUUAUUUGAGAAGAUAGCUAUAUAGCAUUUUUACCAGUACAAAGUUGUACAUAUUUGUAUUUUUACCAAAUAUUUUACUGGCAAAAUAUUGUAUGGGAUCAAACUUGACUGAUGAAGUCUAACAUUUCAAUUAAAAGACGAAGAGUUAUGUUGCUUAAAACAACAUCAUCUUUUUAGGCCCUUUAACACUUAUACAAACACGACAUUUUCUCAAGAAUAUCAACCUAAAUCGAACAGCCUGUUUCAACAUAUUGUUCACAGUUGUUUAACAAAUUUCAAGCCAUAACCUACAGCAGUUUUAGGGCGAGAUAGCGUGUUAGAAACGUGUCUACAAAUGUGUGAAAAUUGUCGGACAGUUUGGCACUUAACCACCGACACCUCUGUCAGCCAUCUGCUGGAAAACUAUACAAAUUCCCCCUCAAAAUUUUAUAUAAACCAUCAUAAUGUCCCCGUGAUUAGUUUAGCUACAGCUUUAUGUAAUUUUUGGCCAGAAUGGCUGAACAGAAUUGUGUCUAUACAAGAUCAUGGCCGGAUUAAUCUAUCUUCAAAAGAGCGCCAUUGUGUCGUCUCACAUUCACUACAAAAACACCUUGUACAUAUAUUGUGUACUCAAGCUAUUUUCGUUUAAAACUCUCAAAAACAAUGCCCUAAUACCCUUUAUACUUAAACCUUUGCUCUAAUGACAAUUUCCUAGAGAUUGAACAAGUUUUUAGUAGAGUUUCCUGAGCAUUCAUUCAGUUUUGCUAGCGUGCUAGUUCCCCAAUGCUGUGUUAUGUACAACCUGGCCAUGGAGUCGCUGUGCCGGGUAGACAAGACCCAAUUUCCUGAUUUGGGAAAAGCGAGGAACGCUGGCUACUAGAGAUAAUUAAAUACAACGUUUCUGCCUUUCUGCUUUAAAUCUGAGAUUGCAAGUUUCAAUAUUAGCAUAAUUUCCGACAUCUAACUUAAAAUAUGUUACCAAAGCUCAGAACAUUAACUUUUGUUUUUUAGAGAUGAGUAAGGACCAUAUUCUUCUCGUACUGUACGAGACGAUUAGGCAACUGCAAAUAGAAAAUUUGACUAACGUUUGUUUAUAUAUAUCCAAUUCAUAACUUUAGACAUGCCUAGUUCUAGUUGACAGAAGUUAUAGUUGACAUGCAGAAGCGUAGUCUAAUAAUAGAGCAAUGGUAACUAAGCUUUAGAAUUAUCUCCAUGAGUAAAUGACUCUUGUACAUAACUCUAAUGCUCAGUUACCUUUCUUCUAUUCUAUGUUUCUGUCAACUAGAACAAUAGUAACUAGGCAUGUGAGUUCUCUAAAGUUUGGGUAGCAAUGAUGUAAACGACGUCAGCCAAAAGCUCAGACAUGGUGUAACCACAAAUUGUUCCUUAUAGUUUUAACGUUAGCGAAAUUUGCCUGUUGAACUUCGCCGACAUGCUGAAGUGAAUGGGAUCGCCAACAUCCCAUGAAAUCUCAUAGUUUGGCUUCGAAACUUAAGCAAAAUUAUGAUCCGCAACCUUUAAUAGUAACUAGGCAUGCAUGUAUGUGAGUUAUCUAAAGUUCUGAAUUGGGUAGCAACAUUUGUCUAUUGAACUUGACUCACACAGGUGAUUGGCACACGGACCACCAACAUCCCAUAACAUCUCACAACUUAAACCUUAAUUAAUCAAACAUGCCUCAUUCUCUGGUUUGGCUUCAAAACUUAAGCAAAUUAUGGCGAGACAACUGCAUAUUGCAGGAACCGAAUGUGACAGAGGUGAAAGAUACUGAGGCACCAUGAGUACCAUAUGAAAUCUCACAAUCUAAACCAUCCCUCGUUCUCUCUAGGUUUGGUUCCAGAACAGACGCGCACGAUGGCGUAGAAAGGAGAACACGGUGGCCACUCCGGGAAGACGCAGUCUCUCACAGCUCGAAAAACCUACAGAACUUAAAUCAACACGAAACGAGAAAGAUGACACGAACUGUACACGCACGAACAUUAAACACAGCGUGGCAAACAUCCUUGCCAAACCGUCCAAAAUUAUUCAAGUUCCAUGGAAGGUUCCGAAACGAGGCAAAAAACAACGGAAUCAGGAUACGACAAAGAAAACCAUCCUCGCAUCGGAAGCGUUGCGGCCUGAACGUGAUUUAUGCAAAACAAGCGAAGAUGCGUCAGAAAUUUCCACGCGAUAGCGCAUUGUUUGGCGCGAAAGUAAAGCUGACUCGUUUCCUAUGGGUUAUAGGUUUCCAGAAACUGUUGCGGUGAAAAUUCUACUGAAUUCUGUAUUAAAGACUGAGAGUUCUGCUCAGUUCUUCAUUAUCGUGAUAUCUAUACCUUAGUAUUCUAUAAUAUGUUGCCGUGGUUUGUGUCUGAACUCCCUGAAAAAUAUUAAAAAUACUUCGAGAUUUUAACUGGACAGCACUUGGAACCUCGAAGGCACUUCUUUUGGGAGGAUGGUAGUGGCAUAAUGGCAUUAACGUUCAGACACAAACCAUGGCAGCUUAUUAUACAGUACUACCUACACUGGAAUAUUAAAAUAUUGAAAAAAGAAACUAACGUACCAGUUAACGAUUAUUCUUUUUCCUUGGGUGACCAUGAAGAGAUUGCGCGCUACAUUUGGAAAUCAAUCCUGGAAGGGCAAGAAUUCAAUUUGAAUUAGGUUUCGCGGGAACGAAGCAAAUACUUGUUUUAGUCCAAAACUACGGUAAACAGUGUACAUUUGAAACUAUAAACUGACACAGUGUGUCGAUAUAUUUUGUUGAAAUUAAAUCUUUUUGAGAUUUGAGUUGAAAUAUUUAUUAAAUUUGUUGUACUUUGAUUGAAAAGAUGUAAAUUGUGUUCGUCAUAGAUGAAUGUAGAAAAUGUUAUUUUACUAUUAAAAGAAAUUUGAAAUGACGUAUUGUUAGUUGUGUCGCUUUGUGCAGCAUUUAGUAUGACAACAGUGCCAUCUAGUCAUGAUCAUGCAGUGAUAGGAAUGUUCCAUUGUCUUUACAUUGUUUUGAAAAAAAAAUGACACUGUUCUCCAUGCCACCCAGUCACGAUUGGCGCCAGUGAUCAGAAUGUUCCAUUGUCUUUCAUUGUUUUGAAAAUCCCAC